CUCCAUCAUCUGACGGGGGACUUCUCUCACACUGACUGGCUCUGGGAACAGGUUGGACUGGUUCUGACUGAAGUUAUGGACUAUGACGGCGUCUUCAAAUCAAAUGCACAUCGACUUCAGGACUGACGAGGGACAAAGAGCAGCUUCUUCUCUCCCAGUGUCUCCUGGACACAUGAAGGAGGAACGUGUAUGGAAACUGACCUGAAGAGACUUCAGCAGGUGUGGACUCUGCUAUGAGUCAGUGUGAGGACAGAGGGGAGGGAGCCCCUCCCUCUAAAACCACUCUGUGUGGGGACCAUGACAGCCAGACCAAAGCUCAGAGGAUGCAGCAGCAGAAACCUGGACCUGGACCUGGACCUAGCUGUGUGUCCAUGAAGAGUGACCGGUCUAUGAGUUAUCCUAUUAACUUUUGCUCUCUGCUCUCGGCUGAUGGAAGUCUGCAGAAAAGACUUGAACCAGGACCAGGACCCAGCUGUGUGUCCAUGAAGAGUGGCCAGUCUAUGGUUUGUCCUUAUAACUUUAAAGGUGGACAAGCUGUUGAUGAAAGUAAGUGGAGAGGAGGAAGUGAAGUAAAUGCAGACUCUGGAGUAUCAGGCUGUCUGUCUAUGAAGAGUGACUGGUCCAGAAAUCCUCCUCCAGACCUCAGUGAUGAACCUGGACCAUCAGACACAAAAGAGAGGAAGAGGAGUGAUGUUUCUGAGGAGGAGCAGCCGUCCAGAUCAAGAACCAAAGCUGGACUGCAGACAGCCAAUCAGAGCAGCUCUAAGCAAAUGAACGUUGGUCGUGAGAAACAGAAGUCCAGGCUGAAGGAGAUAUUUGAACGUGUGACUGAAGGAGCUGAAACAGGAAGUAGAACCCUCCUCAGCAGGAUCUACACGGUCCUCUACCUCACAGAGGGACUGAGUGAAGAGGUUAAUACCCAACAUGAGGUGAGGCAGCUGGAGACAGCUUUUAAGAAGAAGAGCCACCAUCACUCUCCAAUCCAGUGCUGCGACAUCUUUAAAGCCUCACCUGGCCAAAAGAAAACCAUCAGAGUGGUUGUGACGAGCGGCGUCGCUGGCGUUGGAAAAACCUUCUUAGUACAGAAGUUCUGUCUGGACUGGGCUGAGGGGUUAGAGAACCAAGAUAUCAGUCUGGUGAUUCCUCUUUCCUUCAGGGAGCUGAACCUGAUCAAAGAUAAGCAGUACAGUCUUCUGGAGCUGCUCCGUGUUUUCCAUCCAACAUUACAGGAGGUCCCAGCAGAGCAGCUCGCUGCCUCCAGACUUCUCUUCAUCUUUGACGGCCUGGAUGAAAGCAGACUUUCACUGGAUUUCAACAACGAGGAGGCUGUUCCUGAUGUCACACACAAGUCCUCAGUCAACCUGCUGUUGACAAACCUCAUCCAGGGGAAGCUGCUUCCCUCGGCUCUCGUCUGGAUAACUUCCCGACCUGCAGCAGCCAAUCAGAUCCCUCCUGCGUGUGUUGACAGGAUAACAGAAGUACGAGGCUUCGCUGACGCCCAGAAGGAGGAGUACUUCAGGAAGAGAGUCAGUGAUGAAGAGCUGUCCAGCAGAAUCAUCUCCCACAUCAAGACCUCCAGGAGCCUCCACAUCAUGUGUCUGAUCCCAGUCUUCUGCUGGAUCACUGCUACAGUUUUGGACCACAUGUUGACUGCAGACCAGAGAGGAGAGCUGCCCAAGACCCUGACCGACAUGUACUCCCACUUCCUGCUGGUUCAGACAAAGAGGAAGAAGCUCAAGUAUGCUGAAGGACAUGAGACAAGUCCACAGGAGCUGAUGGAGGCCGACGGGAAAGUUGUUCUGAAGCUGGGGAGGCUGGCUUUUGAACAGCUGGAGAAAGGAAACAUCAUGUUCUACCAAGAAGACCUGGAGUGCUGUGGUCUGGAUGUCACAGAGGCCUCGCUGUACUCAGGAGUCUGUUCACAGAUCUUCAAAAGAGAGAGUGGGAUCUUCCAGAAAUCAGUCUACUGCUUUGUUCAUCUGAGCGUUCAGGAGUUUCUGGCUGCAGUCUACCUGUUCCACUGUUACACCAACAGGAAUGCACAGGUACUCAAGGACUUCCUGGGGAAGAAAGCUAUUGAUGAUAAUGAUGAUGAUGAUGAUGAUGAUGAUGAUGAAGUUGAUUGGGACAAUGACCCUUACCCAUCCCUGUAUAUCUUCCUGGAGAGAGUCAUGAAGAAAUCCCUUAAGAGAAAAAAUGGCCACCUGGACCUGUUUGUCCGCUUCCUUCAUGGCCUCUCUCUGGAGUCCAACCAGAGAGUCUUAGGAGGCCUGCUGGGUCAGACAGACAACAGUCCAGAAAUUAUCCAGAGAGCCAUCAACAACCUGAAGGAGAUGAACAGUUAUGAGAUCUCUCCUGACAGAAGCAUCAACAUCUUCCACUGUCUGACGGAGAUGAAGGACCACUCAGUCCAUCAGGAGAUCCAAGAGUUCCUGAAGUCAAAGAAGAACAGAUCAAAGAAGCUACUCUCUGAGAUUCACUGCUCAGCUCUGGCCUACAUGCUGCAGAUGUCAGAGGAGGUUCUGGAUGAGUUGGACCUGAGUCAGUACAACACAUCAGUGGAGGGACGACGGAGACUGCUUCCAGCUGUGAGGAACUGCAGAAAGGCUCGGCUUAGUUACUGUCAACUCUCUGAGACUGACUGUGAAGUCGUGGCCUCAGCUCUGAAGUCCAACCCCUCCCAUCUGAGAGAGCUGGACCUGCAUGGAAACAACCUGAAGGAUUCAGCAAUGGAAUGUCUGUGUGCUGGACUGCAGAGUCCAAACUGUAGACUGGAGACUCUGAGAUUGGAGUGGUGCAGUUUGUCAGAGACCAGCUGUGCUUCUCUGGCCUCAGCUCUGAAGUCCAACCCCUCCCAUCUGAGAGAGCUAAACCUGAGUAACAACGAGCUGCAGGAUUCAGGAGUGGAGCUGCUGUGUGGUUUUCUGGAGAGUCCAGACUGUAGACUGGAGACUCUGAGAUUGAAGUGCUGCUGGUUGUCAGAGACCAGCUGUGCUUCUCUGGUCUCAGCUCUGAAGUCCAACCCCUCCCAUCUGAGACAGCUGGACCUGAGUACCAACUACCUACAAGGUUCAGGAGUGGAGCAGCUGUGUGGUUUUCUGGAGAAUCCAGACUGUAGACUGGAGACUCUGAGAUUGGAGUGGUGCCGGUUGUCAGAGACCAGCUGUGCUUCUCUGGCCUCAGCUCUGAAGUCCAACCCCUCCCAUCUGAGAGAGCUGGACCUGAGUGACAACGAGCUGCAGGAUUCAGGAGUGGAGCUGCUGUGUGGUUUUCUGGAGAGUCCAGACUGUAGACUGGAGACUCUGAGAUUGGAGGACUGCAGUUUGUCAGAGACCAGCUGUGCUUCUCUGGCCUCAGCUCUGAAGUCCAACCCCUCCCAUCUGAGAGAGCUAAACCUGAGUUACAACGAGCUGCAGGAUUCAGGAGUGGAGGUGCUGUGUGGUAUUCUGGAAAGUCCAGACUGUAGACUGGAGACUCUGAGAUUGAAGGACUGCAGGUUGUCAGAGACCAGCUGUGCUUCUCUGGUCUCAGCUCUGAAGUCCAACCCCUCCCAUCUGAGAGAGCUGGACCUGAGUAACAACUACCUACAGGAUUCAGAUGUGAAGCUGCUGCGUGAUCUUGUGGAGAGUCCAGACUGGAGACUGGAGACUCUGAGGGUGGAUGACACAGUAUACAGGGCUGCACCUGCCAGACAGGAAGCAGGUCCAGAUGGGACAGAUCCACGGAGGAAUGUCCCAGCAGAGGACAGCGUCUCCACAGAGGACAGUGAUCCCCAGAGGACAGGCUGUUGCUGGUUCGGAGCCUGUUUGUGACCCGAGUGUCUGAUCCAGUUUUGAACCAGCUUCUGGAUCAACUCCUUCAGCGAGGUGUUCUAACUGACGGUGAAAUGGACUCAGCCAGAACACGAGUCAGAGCAGACAAAGCCCGAGACGUGGUGGACACGGUGAGAAGAAAAGGACGUAAGGCCAGCUCGGUUCUGGUCUCUGCUAUCUGUGAGGUGGACCCGGUCCUCUCCAGAGAGCUGAGAUUAAUGUGAAGCACCAGACUGUGGAGAGCUGUGAUG